CGUCUUAGAUAUUUUAUGUUAUCAAAAUGGAUUGUUGUAUAAUUUCUGGAUGCCGUAAUACAUCCAAGUACAAAUCCAAAGGUGUAAUAUUUUACCAUUUCCCUUCCGAUAAUAUUAAUAUGCCAUGGCUGAGGGACAAAAGACUGAAAUGGAUAAAUGCAGUAACAAAACAAAAUAAAUGGCCAGAUAACUGGCGCCCGUCAAAAUAUACCACAAUCUGCAGCGCUCAUUUUAUUGGAAACGCAAAAUCGGAAAAUUCUGUGCACCCGUCAUAUAUACCAACAAUUUUCCAUGGUCUAUCAUCAACAAGUAGUGUUAAAAGGAAUACUUCGCCUUCAGUCAACAAUAACAAAAAACCCAAGAUCCACGAGACGGAUGAACAAAAAUCAAUGUCAUGUGACAAACAAGAUACAAGAGUUUCCAGAGUAUUAGAAAAUAAUUUGCCAUCAAAUGUGAUACUUAAUUCGUUACUUAAAGAUUGCUUCGUUCAAAUAAAUGUAUGUAAUGAUCCAUUAGCUUCCCUCGAGUCUGACUAUAAGAAAUCUAUUAGUAAUAAACACAAUUAUACAGGUAAGAGAAAGAAACAGGACAUGGUACCAAAUUCAGAAGAAAGCCUAACACCAGAUGAGACAAUGGGUUUCUUAAAUAAUGAUAGUGUUUUCUCGUCACCGGAAGAAAAUUUCAUACAAAUAAAAGAAGAUCCGACAUUUUGUGAGGUGGCAACACAGAAAAACUAUGACGGUUUUUCAGUCGACAAAUUUAGAGAGAGCAAUGAAUCUAUCCAAUUCUACACAGGAUUCGAUAACUACCAAGAAUUUACUUAUAUUUUUGAUGCUGUAUUCAGUCUAAAACCCUGGAAACUAAAUCAUAAAUGUUGUCCACAGAGCGGUUUGACGAAAAAUGACGAAUUUUUCCUCACGAUGAUGAAGCUUAAACAGGGUACACCAGAUUUUGUGCUUUCACAACUUUUUAAUCUGUCCGUCGACAGUGUAUUUACUGUUUUUGAAAAUUGGUUAACUUUUAUGUACAACAAUUGGGCAACACAACAUUUGCCACAUAAGAAUCUGAUGGAUAUCAAGAUGUUAAAUGGUGUUUCCGAAAUGUAUGAAGCGGACCUGAAAGGCUUAUGCAUAAUAAAUGUCCCCGAAUUCCUGAAAGGAAAAAAGCGAUUGCAAAAUCUAACAUUCAGGGGUAAAGGUAAAGUCAAUGCCGAAGAGACACCAAUACAAAUGAAAGAAUUCAAGAUUUUAGUUGAGCCGAUGACUAGCAAAUAUUUACCUUUGUGGUCUAAAAUUUAUUUUGCAUGUUGUAUACUAAGUGGCUACAAAGAAGGAAGAGCACUGAAAAAAACUUGAUAUUGUGGAGGUACCAACAAUUUGGCUAACUAUCCUGCAUCGCGCUAUCAAAGAAGAAGAUCGAAUCCGUUGCUCUAAAAUUCGUUUAUCGCAUGAAAGUAUUUUAUAUUAUAUA